GGAGAGAGAGAGAGAGAGAGAGAGAGAGAGAGUAGAGAGGGAGAGUAGAGAGGGAGGGGAGGUAGAGAUCCAACAGUGCUGGUGAGACAGAAGUUUCAGUCAGAACAGAAGACAACACACACACAAACAGACACGAUGUUGCUCCCUGCGAGCGUUCUGAUUGGCCUGCUGUGCCUGAGCCGCGCGGCCGGCGUGUGGGGUUUCGCCCGCCUGCUGGACGACGUGGAGCUGCGCUCGGCCUUCUCGGUGGCGCGCACCAACAGCAUGGAGGGCGGGCCCAAGAUGACGGUGACCUUCGACGCCGUCUACGUCAACAUCGGCGGCGACUUCGACCCGAAGGCCGGCGUCUUCCGCUGCCGCAUCCCCGGCGCGUACUACUUCUCCUUCACCGUGGGCAAGUUCCCGCACAAGGACCUGUCGGUGAUGCUGAUGAAGAACCGGAACGAGGUGCAGGCCAUCGUCUACGAGGAGAACGCCGGGGAGGAGAGGAAGGUGCAGAGCCAGAGCGUGAUGCUGCAGCUGGAGUUCGGCGACACCGUCUGGCUCCGUCUCCACGGCGACCCCCGCUACGCCCUCUACAGCAACACGGGCCACUACACCACCUUUAACGGUUACCUCAUCUACCCGGAGGUCUACGACUACCAAGCGCACCACCAGCACCGUCCCGCCUACAGCUCCCGGCAGCGCCAGCAGGACGGCGUCUCCGUGUCGAACGGCGACCAGGCCGCCGCCACGCCCGGGCCGAGAGGCGCGGCGGACGAGAAGGAGCCGCAGCGUGGAGAGGAAGAGGAGGCGGAGGCGGAGGACGACGGCGAUGAGGAGGAGGAGGAGGAGGAGGACGACCAGAGGUCCGCCUUCUCGGUGGGACGCACCCAGAGCAUCGUGGGGGUGGACCAGGUGGGCCUGCCGCAGCACCAGCCCGUCAGCUUCGACACGGCCUUCGUCAACAUCGGGGAGGACUUCAACAUGACGGAGGGCGUGUUCGCGUGCCGCGUGCCCGGCGUCUACUACUUCUCCUUCAACGUGGGCAAGCUGCCGCAGAAGACGCUGUCCGUCAAGCUGAUGAAGAACCGGCUGGAGGUGCAGGCGAUGAUCUACGACGACAGCCAGGGCGAGAAGGCGCUGCAGAGUCAGAGCCUGAUGCUGUCGCUGAAGCCGGGCGACACCGUCUGGCUCUACUCGCACCAGAGGGACGGAUUCGGCGCCUACAGCAACCACGCCAAGUACAUCACCUUCACCGGCUUCCUGGUUUACCCGGAUCCACCACCAGCACCACCAUCACCAGCAGCAGCAGCAGCAGCCAAUCAUACGCAGACAAGAAACCCUAGCUGCAGCGUCCCUGGGCGAGGAGGGACUGAACAUUUGUGUUAGGAAUUCAUGCAAGAUGGAAGGUGGUGGCGUGUGUUUUCUGAGGGAGGAGUCCUCACCACGGACGCCGCCUCGCGCUCGUCUCGAUUCCUCUUCUUAUGAAUUCCUUCGCAAAAGCGACAGGGACCUUCGGACUGAAGCGACGGAGCUUCAACGAGAAGUUAAUGUUUUGUAGUUUUUCUUCCCCCCCCCCCCAGGAUGUGACUACUUCAUCUCACUUCAGUGUGGAACCUUUGAAUGACAGUAACGUGAACUCUAACUGGACAUAUUUCCCUGUGGAAUGAAAACUCAAGUCAUUACCUGCCUACCACACAAAAUUAACUUACUCAAGUACAGUACUGAAAUUUGAGUUUUGAAUGUGAAAUUUACUAAAGUUAAUAUUACAAAAAAAACCCUGAAAAAUAAGAAAAAGCAUAUGUCCCCUGUCGAGUAAAAUAAAAAUGAUAAUUCAGUCUAAUAAUCGAUGAUGACUGAUGAAGAUUAAUGCACAUCGUACGCUCCUCGUUACGCUUCAUUAACCUCAUAUGUUUAGUGGAAAUUUAUCUGACAUAGAGCUGCAACAGUUAAUCGAUUAGUAUUCGACUACUAAAUUAAUCGGCAACUAUUUUACACAUAAAACUAGUAGUUUUUAUGGGAAAAAAAGUCAGUAUUCUCUGAUUUCA